AGUAGUAGUACUGUCAAAGGCUCUGCUAACAAGGAAGAAGUAGUCGUAGAAGCAGUCACCUCCUCCGUCAACCGAAAGAAGUCAUUUCACCGGAUUGACUGCUCGUCAAUUCAAGGCGUCCGUAGCAAGCCGCCGCAAGUCGUACCAGUAGUAGCCGCCCGUCGCAAGUCGUACUAGUAGUAGCCGCCUGUUGCAGCCGUCGCUCCAUGGAAGAGGAGGCGUCAUGGCUCCGUGUCGCUCGUGGAAGAAGAAAGAAGUCUUCGAUCCGUCGUCAACCGAAUCGAUCCGUCGAACGAUCGAACGGCUGCCGCAACCGCUGCCGCAACCAACCAAACAAGAGGAGCCCGUCAUGGGGGUGAGUAGUAGCCUUUGUUAAGAGGAGCCGCUGCAGAGGAGAUAGCAUCAUCUUGAUAGAGUCAAUAGAGAGUAAAGAUAGAGGUAUCGAAAUAAUGAAAGAGGACCGUACCAGCGAUCCGAGUACGCCGAGUUAUUACGUCCUCUAAGUCUUUUCGAGGAACGUUCCAGGACGUUCCGGUUCGCAUUCGAAUGUCGUACCGGGAGCGGGCUUGCGUUUGUCUCGAUAGUUUGGAUUCAGCCUGUAGGGAAAUUAGCUACGGAAGCCAGCCGGGGCCAGGCUUAAGCAAAGAACAGGCGAAAUUCAGGACUAGGUUCUGUGGGAUCAGGGGCAAGAAAUGGAGGACCAUUACCGGGGCAAAGGGUUUGGCUUUGCGGGAUCUUGCUUGGCACUCCAACGCAAUCCUCCCAUUUCUUCUUUCUUCUGUGGAGAAAAGAGUGACGCUGGUAUCGACGGCAACAGAGAUCAUCACCUCAUCAUUGCUACCUGGUACGGACGAAAGCCCAGCACACAACGUUCCUGCCAUCCUUGCUACUACUGCCUUUCCGCAAAGGUAUCUACCCCUCCAAUUAGGAAGAAAAAACCAUGGUGGUGUUUGUAAUCGACUUUUCGCAAGCGGCCAAGAAUGCAUUGAAUCCAUUGAGCCAACCGGUGCGAGACUAUCUGUGGCAGCAACUGGAAACGGCACGCCAUUCUCCUCACGUCACCAGUGUCAUUGUCACGGGAGGAACCAAGAAUUUUUCUGCGGGUGCCGAUAUUAGCGAAUUUGGUGGCAUUUCCUCGGCUGCUACCGACACUAGCAAUGUUGUCAGUCUGAUUGACAUUGUGGAAUGCAUCGAAAACUUUCCCAAACCCGUCGUAGCGGCCAUUGCGGGAAAUGCCUUGGGAGGAGGACUGGAAGUGGCACUCGCCUGUCAUUAUCGAGUGUGUACUACCAAGGCCAGAAUGGGAUUGCCAGAAGUGACCGUGGGAGUGAUUCCGGGCGCCGGUGGUACACAACGACUGCCUCGAUUGAUUGGAUUGCAAGAAGCAACGCAACGAAUUCUCACGGCCAAACCCAUGAAAGGCCCACAGGCACUGCAAUUGGGACUGGUCGAUGCCACGGUUACUCAGGAGGAAGAACUCUUAUCCACAGCUUUGAAAUGGGCCGAAUGGGCGGAACUCAUGCCACUCGACGAUCGACGUGUCGGACGCAAAACCGUCCCGGAUGCCGCCAUGGCCGACCAGAUUGCACAAUUUGCCCAACAACAAUUGCCACCGGCCAAUCGCGGUGGAUUUGUUCACCGGUGUGCGCUUAAAGCCGUCCUGGCAUCGGCCACCCAACCGUUGGAUGUUGGACGCCGCAUCGAAUUCGAACAAUUUACCGCGGCGCUACAAUCCACGCAAGGGCAAGCGUAUCGACAUGCCUUUUUUGCCAUUCGCAAGGCACAAAAACCAGUGGCCCCACUGCAACAACAACACCCGCUCUUGUCCAGUACUGGUAGUAGCAAAGUGGCCGUCGUGGGAGCCGGUACCAUGGGCAGUGGUAUUGCCAUGGUAUUGCUCCAAGCGGGAUGUCAUGUGACACUCGUCGAUGUGGUACAACCAGCAUUGGAAAAGGGUGUCAAGAAUAUUCAUAAAAUUGUGCACGGAUACGUGGCCAAGAAAAAAAUGACACAACCAGCAGCUCAACAAUUGCUUUCGCGACUUGCGUCCACGCAAAAGUUGCAAGAUUUGACACAUGUGCAGUUGGUCGUCGAGGCCGUGGUGGAACGAAUGAAAGUCAAAAAAUCUAUUUUUACCACACUCGACCAGGUCACUCCACCGUCUUGUAUUCUACUCAGCAAUACAUCCACCUUGGAUAUUGAUGAAAUGGCAUCGGUUCUAUCUCCACAGCGCCAAACAUCCUUUGCUGGAUGGCACUUUUUCAGUCCGGCUCAUGUCAUGAAAUUGGUCGAAAUUGUCCGUGGAGAAAAAACGUCGACGGCCACUGUGGCGUUGUUGCAGGCAUUGACCAAACGCAUCAAAAAGUUGGGCGUCGUGGUGGGCAAUUGCAAUGGAUUCUGUGGCAAUCGAUUGUUACGACCCUACGGACGAGAAGCCGGCAUGAUUCUGGCCGAAGGAGGAGCUCCCACUCCACAAGUGGUCGACCAGGCGCUGACGGCGCAAUUUGGAAUGGCCAUGGGUGUCUUUACGAUGGGUGAUCUCGCUGGCAAUGACAUUGAGUACUACAUUCGACGAGAGCUGGGAUGGGUGCGAGAGAACCCUCAGGAUCCCAUCCCAGCAGGACGUCCCCCCCGAUACACGGAACUCGCCGAUGAUUUGGUGUCCAAGUUCGGACGAGUGGGACAAAAAGCGGGCAAGGGCUGGUACGACUACAACCCAAAAGUGGGCAAAGGCCGCAAGCCCAUUCCCUCCAAAGAGGUCGAACAAUUCAUUGCCAGUUUCGUGUCUUCAUCAGGCGCUCGGCCGCAAUUGCUGACUAAUACCGAAAUCAUCGAACGGGUCAUGUUCCCCUUGGUCAAUGAAGGUUUCAAAUGUCUGGAAGAGGGCAUUGCCCAGCGUCCGUCGGAUAUUGAUAUCAUCUAUUUGAAUGGAUACGGAUGGCCCGUCUGGAGAGGUGGACCCAUGUUCUGGGCGGACAAUGAGGUUGGACUGCCUAAACUGCUGGCGACGCUGCAGAGGUUUGCUCGUCAGUUCCCCACCACGGAGCAUUUUGUGCCUAGCAAGCUUCUAGAGACUUGUGUCCAAAUGGGAGUGACAGUGGAGGAGUAUUAUGCCAAAGGAUUGAACAAGCAUGGUAGAGCUAGACUCUAAUUUUAGAUUCGAUUUCACUGCAUGAUGAACUAGAUUUUAGCAUCUGCCUGCUG